AGUACUCAUUAAUGAGCAAAUAGACAAAGAAACAUUUUCUGAUGCAGCUUAUGGUUCACCAUCACAAUAUCUCUCACCAAACUCUAUCCUUCAAGUUAAUGAUUAUAUCUCCCAACCAUCAUUUAUCAGUCCUAUUCAAAUCAUUUCUUUGGAUGAGGCGAGAGAAGAGGUUCAACUUUCAGACUCGGUGACUUCAAUUUUGGGAAAGAGACAAAGGUUUUGGGAAUCCCAUGCUCAUCCACUUUUCUCUCCUCUCUCUUCUUAUGAAGACUUUUCUGACCUUGGUUUCAAAAUUCAAAACUAUAGUCUGCUUUAAGAUGUGGGUAAUCGGAUUCUUUCUCCUUCGAUUAAUCAUGAAGAUUUCAUACCGAUUGAUGAAGGUGUAGUUCCUAUUGAAGAUUCAGAUGGACAGUUCUUCACUCCUGAGGAAGAUAUCUCUAGGCACAACGAUCUCCCUAAGCCGGCUUUUUGCAUCACUUUCUCCGACUCUUCAAUUUCAAUUGAUUCUCCUAAGCCAGGGUUUAGCAUUUCCAUUUCUGAUUCACUAGUCUAUUGGGAUUCUCCUCAUUCUUCUAUUGCAUCUAAUGAAUCUAUCACUCUGCUAGUUGAAGAUUCACAUUUUCCUGCAUCAAUGAAGAUUUAGAAAUUAAUAUUGUGGAUCAAUUUGGUUCCUUUGAUAUGGGCUCAUCAUCACUGCUCAAGGACACACUCUCCGUAAAUGAAAAGAUCGAACAAUUACAAGUUAAGGCUGCAGAAAAGGGGAAGGAGAAAAUACAGACAGAAGUGGAUCAUCUUCUUCGACUCAGCCAUAUCCUUCUACCAAACGCAAGAGGCUUGUAUCCAAAUCGAAUUCCCGAGCCUUGUGAUGAUUCUCUUGUCCGAAUCAUUCGAGUCAAGAAGAUCAUACCGAGGUAUCCUUCUGGAACAUGUGUAACAGUGGUUGACGACGACGAUUUAACCACUCCUCUCCCUUCAAGCUCAAACACGCCUGCUGCUGACCUGGAAUACGCUGAUUUGGGUAUCUCCUCCUACGAGUACCCUAAUGCAAGCUUGCCUUUCUAUGUUCACAUGAGAUGUUUAUCUUCUAGUUACCGGGCUGUUGGCGGUUUUCUAGUGAGGAAGGAGUUUGUUCCUUUGAACACAAAAAUAUAGAGAUGGUACGACCAGAUUGCAACCAGGAACCUGGUGCGGCAUUGCUCGUCUGCUUUAGUUACCACGGUGAACUGUCUCCUACCCAUGGUUGCCGAGAUGGAAGGUAUAUCCAUACGUGAUGUUACUGAAUCAACUGUUGAAAGGUGGGAAGAAAUGAUAUCUUCCUGUGAAUCCAUUGAGUUCAACGUGGGCUGGUUGCGGCAACCCCUUGACAUUGUCAAAGUUGAUCGAGAUGGUAUCAUCUCCAAUGUCGUUCCUGCUGCUAAAUAUAUCUUAGAAGAGGAAAAGGCCCUAUCUGCAGAAUCUGAGAAGGUGGAACAGGCGAUCCAAAACUUGAAGAGUAGGACUGAAAGGUAUCAGGAGAGGUUGGAAAUGAUGCUUUCAAGGAACUAUAACUUGUUGGAUGGCCUUUUCUGAGCUGUACUUACAUUUUAUUGUUUUAAAUAGGUAGGC